UUUACCGACAUCAUCGGUUUGAGCCGCGAUAACGGCGACGACGACAACAACAACAGCUCUAGACAAAGCACUACUAUAAUGGCAGAUACUGAAGGGGUAGUUGUACCGCAGGAACCACAGGAACCGCAGGCUAAGAGGGUGCUUUAUUUCUGCACGCUCCCACCAGAGUACUGCGAAUUCGGCACAACCUCCAAGAAAUGCCGUGAAUGGUUAGAAAUGAAUCACUCGGAAUUGGUGCCCGUAAUCUACAACCUCGAAGCCAUAGAAUCCGCCAUGCAAAACCUCUCCACCGCCGCCCAGGAAAAGGCUCAAAAGGCGGAAGCCGCGAUGGCCAGGAAGGCGCUCAAGGACGAAGCGAAGCAGGAACGGGAGCUGGCCAAGAAACUCUCCUCGCCCGUCAUACUCAAGCGCGUGGAGCGCACCAAGCGCAAGCACGUCAUCGUCAUCACGGGGCUUGAGGCCUUCGGCCUCGACCUGAAGAAGGUGGCGAAGGAGAUGGGGAAGAAGUUUGCUUGCGGCGCUAGCGUGACGAAGGGCGUUGGCGGUGGCGGCGAUGAGAUCGUGGUUCAGGGGGAUUUGGGGGUGGAGAUUCGCGAGUGGAUCGAGGAGAGGUUUGAGGAGGUGCCUAGCGGGAAUAUGGAGAUUGUUGAGGAGAGGAGGAAGAAGAAGGAAGGGCAGUAAACUUGGGCUGGUGUUGGAGGGGAUGGAUGGGUAUAUAAUUAUAAUGUCAUCCGGGAGUAGUCGAAUGCCGGAUUUUAUUAUCAUUAUUAUUAUUAUGGUUUCG